AUGCUGAUUACUAAAGACUCUAUUCCAGAAGAGCUCAAACUGGACAAAAAUAUAACACCAUAUAUACAACGAGCAAUCGAAUUAGAAGAAGCAGAACCAAUAAUAAGUUAUUAUAGCAAAAUAUAUGUACUUGAACAUAUCUUUAAUAAUAAAUUACAUACAAAAUCAAAACCAAAUCAAGAAUUUACAGUAAAAUUGUUAGAUGAUACAGAGUCAAUCAAAAACAAAUCAGAAGAUGAAAACCUAAAACAAGUCUUGAAUGAUAAAGAUCUAUCAUUUGGUUAUAUUUUCAAGUUUGCAUACAAAUUAUUUAAUUCAUGUCUCGAAAUUUUGAAUAAUUAUCAAUUAAGUUUCAAAAAUCAAAUAAUUGGGAAAUUCAGAGCAACUAUGUGUUUUUUAAAUAUUUUAUCAAUUUUUGAAAGCUCAAAAGAUGAAAUUGAUUUUACAAAAUUUACUGGUGGUAAAGUUAAUAAUUGGAAAGAAAUUGAUGAAUUAAAUAAAGAAAAAUUAAAAAUAUUGAAAUAUCAGUUGACAAGGAUUAUCAAAGAUGAGAUUGAUGUAGGGAAAGCUGAGGAAAUUACUGAUAAAGACUUGGAAGAUGAGUUGAAUAGGGAAUUGGAUCAAUUAAACACUAAUAAUGAAGAGGAAAUUGAACAAGAUCAAGAGUUGAAAGAUUUAGGUGAAUCAAAAGCUGCACAGGAAGAUGGGGAAGAGCCAGCAUUCAAAUUACCAGGUGCACCACGAGAUCUUCCCGAUAAUGAAGAAUCUACUGAUGAUAACAGUCAGGAAAUUUCUCAUAUUGAUCUUCCCGGAGCUCCUCAUUUUUCCCCAGAUAAAGACCUGAAUCUAGGACUUCCUGAAACCCCACAAUACUUACCAGAUGAUGACAUUACAAACAUAAAUAAAUCAGGUUCAAUUCAUGUAUUCACACCAACAUCAGAAAAAUCACAACCAAAAUUCCCAACCGAUAAAAAACCUAUAGUAAGUCGGUCUACUCUGCAUCAACUGCAACAACAUCAUAAACCUUUGAGUAAAGAAAGUAUUAAACAAAUUUUAAAUAGAGAUGAUGCUAUAACUCAGAUACAAAAACAUACUAAAUUUGCGUCUUCAGCUUUACAAUUUGACGAUUUCAAUGAAGCGGAGAAGCAAUUACUACAAGGAUUAGAGUUAUUGAGAACUUUAAAACAGCAAGAGGAAAGCGAGUAA